CAGUGAUAAGCUGAUACUUGUCACCACUGCGGGUCCCACUCGAUACGAUACGUAGCUUGUCCCUCCCAGCUGGCCAGCCCAUUUAUGCCACCACCUCCUCUCCUCUUUUCUUCCAUCACCGAUCGAGGCUUCUCACAGCACAGCUAGCAACACACAGCGUCAGAGCUCGUGAGAGAGACUGGUUGAUUGAUUUCACUUUCACACACCGGAGGUAUUAGAGGCCAGGAUGUCGGUGACGAGCGGCGGCCACGGCGAAGAAGAAGCAGACGACCUUCUGAAGGAGGCGCUGUUGGCUGCCGGCAAUGGCAGCGGCAGCGACGGUGGCAUCGACGGCGAGGAGGACCUGGAGGAGAUCCGGAGCGUGGGGUCGUUCCUGCGGCACGCGGCGGAGGAGAACCGGAAGCUCUGGUACCUGGCCGGCCCCGCCAUCCUCACGUCCAUCGCGCAGUACUCGCUCGGCGCCAUCACCCAGGUGUUCGCCGGCCACCUCACCACGCUCGAGCUCGACGCCAUCUCCACCGAGAACAACGUCGUCGCCGGCCUCGCCUUCGGCAUCAUGCUGGGGAUGGGGAGCGCGCUGGAGACGCUGUGCGGGCAGGCGUACGGCGCGAAGCAGCUGCACAUGCUGGGCGUGUACCUGCAGCGGUCGUGGAUCAUCCUCACCGCCAUGGCCGUGCUCAUGCUCCCGCUCUACCUCUUCGCCACCCCGAUCCUGCGCCUCUUCCACCAGGACGCCGAGAUCGCCGACCUCGCCGGCCGCCUCGCGCUCUACAUGAUCCCGCAGCUCUUCGCCUACGCCUUCAACUUCCCCAUCCAGAAGUUCCUGCAGGCGCAGAGCAAGGUGAUGGCCAUGGCCGCCGUCUCCGCGGCCGCGCUGGCGUUCCACGUCGCGCUCAGCUGGUUCCUCGUCGGGCCCAUGCGGAUGGGGCUCGUCGGCCUCGCCGUCGCGCUCAACGCGUCCUGGUGGCUCGUCGUGCUGGGCCAGCUCGCCUACAUCCUCAUGGGCUACUGCCCCGGCGCAUGGAACGGAUUCGACUGCCUCGCCUUCUCCGACCUCGUCGGCUUCGCGCGCCUCUCCCUCGGCUCCGCCGUCAUGCUCUGCCUGGAAUUCUGGUUCUACAUGUUCCUGAUCGUCAUCGUCGGCAACCUGGAGAACGCUCAGGUCGCCGUUGCCGCAGUCUCCAUCUGCACGAACCUGUUCGGGUGGCAGAUCAUGGUGUUCUUCGGAUUCAACGCUGCCAUCAGCGUGCGGGUGUCGAACGAGCUGGGCGCCGGGCGUCCCCGUGCGGCCAAGUUGGCGAUCCUGGUGGUGCUCAUGUCGUCGGUGGCCAUCGGGCUGGCCUUCUUCGUCCUCGUCCUGGCCUUCCGCGACGUCUACGGCGCGCCGUUCACGGACAGCCCCGAGGUGGUGCGCGCCGUGGCCAGCCUGGGCGUCGUCUUCGCCUUCUCGCUGCUGCUCAACAGCGUGCAGCCGGUGCUGUCGGGCGUCGCCGUCGGCGCCGGCUGGCAGUGGCUGGUGGCGUACAUCAACCUCGGCUGCUACUACCUCGUCGGCAUCCCCGUCGGGUACAUGAUCGCCUUCCCGCUGCGCGGCGGGGUGCAGGGGAUGUGGGGUGGCAUGCUCACUGGCGUCGGCCUGCAGACGCUCAUCCUGGUCGCCAUCACGCUGCGCACCAACUGGGACAAGGAAGCCGGCGAGGCGCAUUCCAGGAUACAGAAAUGGGGUGGAUCGUCGGCGGCGGCUAGGGGCGAAGGUACACUGUAGUAGGGGCUACACAUGCCCUCCAAAAUGCAAAAUCAAUGAGUUUUGUUAAAAUUUUCCCACAUAUGCACCCACAUAAGACAUAUGUAUGCAUUUACAGAGUAAGUGUACCCUCUCUAAUUUGCUCUAGCUUUGUCUCCGACGGUGAUCAAGAUUUUAAUGAUGGAAAGACACGUGCAUGUACACCACAGAGAAAUGCCAUGCAAGCAGAAUGGCAUGGUGAAGUGCUGCAGUAACAAGCUUGAUUGUUUGUGCUUCAGUUCAGUCACCUGCUUGGAUUGUUUUUGUAGCUCGUGCAGGUUGUGUUUUGUGCUGCUUAAUUGGUUGGAGAGCAACUCUUGGAGUCUAUAUAUAAAUUUCAGUUUCUAUAUCUCAACUUAGACAAUUAUUUAAUAAAUAUCUUUUUAUAUCUCUCUUGUGUCUUCCAAGAACUCUUUACUUUUUAUUCUAUAUACUCUUAGUUUCUCCAAAGGUGGUUUUGGAGAAGAUAGAGAAUGGUUUAGAAAGAAUAUUGGAUCAUGUUUUCUGUUUGCUUUUAAAAAUUUUGUAAUAAAGAUCCAUGUAGAGUUUCUUGAGACGCUCUAAC